UGUUAACUCUUGACAUCUUUCAAAACUGGAAAAGAGAGAGGUAUUACGCUGAUGUAUGUUUUCUUUAAAAAAAGGUCUAAAAAUACAACUCCAACUAAUGGAAAUUAUCACAACGAUUAUAUAAGGUCACUGGAAGAAUUGCGUAGCUUGUUUACAAAAUGCUUUAUUAGAUCUCUGAAUAAGGUCAGACUAUCGUUAAAAAUGAAUCAAGCAGUACGUUUCUUAAGGUUUAAUUUACAAUCACAAAGAGAAUUUUUGUACAUGAAAAGAAGAUAUCUUAAGGAUUUUAAUUUUAAAGAAAACUGCCAAGUGCUGGACGUUGGAUGUGGACCUGGUGACAUAACGAGGUAUGGAUUACUGCCACUAUUACCGAAAAGCACAAAAAAGUUGAUGGGUGUCGAUAUAUCUUCUGAUAUGAUCGACUUUGCGAAACAGUUCCAUCAAGAUGACGACAGGAUUUCAUUUGAACGGUUAGAUAUCGGCACCAGCAGCAUUCCCUCUCAUCUACUGCAAAGUUUUGAUCAUGUACUUUCUUUUUACUGUCUUCAUUUUGUACCAGAUCUUCGAAAAGCAAUGGAAAACAUUCAUCGAAUGUUAAAGCCAAAAGGAGAUAUACUUGUGAAUCUAAUUUCCCAUCACUAUUUGUUCGAACUUUAUGAGGAGCUUUCGAAAAUGGAAAAGUGGAACUCUUACGUGCACGACUAUAAACUUAGAAUGAGUCCAUUUCAAGAUAGUGGAAAUUUCAAGCAAUAUUUUGAAAACACUUUACGGGAUGUUGGUUUCAAUAUUACCCACUGCACUGAACAACGAAAAGUAUGGCCUGCUAGCUGUGAAAAUUCAGAGGGACUCUUGAAGGCAAUUAACUACGUUAAUAUACCCAAGCACUUAGAAGAUGAAUUUGUCUCUGAUCAAUGUGACGUAAUGCGAGGCGCCGACAAGGUUUUCAUCAAUGAGCACGGUGAAGAGGAAGUAUAUUGGAAGUACACAGUACUAUUUGCGAAUGCUAGUAAAGUUUAAACGACAUUUUUCCCGUACGUCUUUUUUUUGGGGCUAUUUUUCAUUGCAUAUUUCUGCCUUAAGUUGUGACAAAAUAAAUCAGAAAAUAGAUUGGA